CGAGGGCUCGGCGGUGCUGUGUGGGGUUAUGGCGGUGCUGGUCCUGGUCCGCUCUCCCUUGCCGCGGCUUCGCGCACUGCUGCAGCGCUGCUGGGGGCGGCUGGAGCGCGGCCUCUGGCCGGGAAUCUUCGGGGGUCAGAGCCCGCUCUGGGGACCAGCACUCGCUGUGCAAGGUCCAGCCCUUGUUCCACAAGGGAUCGGUGAUGCUGGGGCGCCCAGCCUGCCGGAGAGCGUGGUGUGGAUGGCGGCGCCCAAGCAGAGGCGCACCAUCGAGGUGAACCGCUGCAGGCGGAGGAACCCCAGCAAGCUCAUAGAAAUAAAGAGGAACAUAGAUGUUUGUCCUGAAUGUGGAAACUUGAAGCAGAAACACGUCCUUUGUGGCUAUUGUUAUGCAAAGGUCAAAGAAGAAACUCGACUGAUCCGGAUGGAAAUAUACAAGAAAGAAGCAGGGCCAUUUAAUGCUCCAACUGUAGAGACUGUUGUCCUUUAUGAAGGAGAAAAACCCACAGAAAAAGAUGAAGGCAAGCGGAUCAUUGAAAGAGCCAGGAAGCGUCCAUCUUGGUUUGUUCAAAAUUGAUGCUGUAGAAUUAAUG